UACAGACUACAGAAGUUUGUUACACAUCACCUCCAAACUAGGUGUUAAAGUGACAAGAAAAUGGAUGACAGGAUCAGGAAAGGCCGGAAUUAAACCUCAGUGCCCAUGAACUACCUACUGUGCCAACACUUCAGUGCUUAGAUAAUCAUUCCCAUACCUUCAUGUGUGCCCCUUGCACACGUUUGAAGUUGUUUCUACACCUCUGAGUGAGUUUUUCUUCACUUUUCGUGAAUCUGGAAAGGUCAGCUAUUAAUGCCGCAUGUGUAUUUAAGGUCGCAUUAACCCCUCAUACUUUCUCUCCCGGUCUGGAAACUCCUCUCCACUUCUGUUGCAAACACUGUGCUAUGCUUUAUUGCAUGUGACUCCGUGUUUCCAGUGCCAUGCACUGCUUUCUGUAUAUGCUAAAUUAACCUUCCCCCUCUCUCUCUCUCUAACUCUGUCUGUCUCUCUUGAAGGGUUAGUGCUAAUGUUCUGCAAGUUCCUUAUAACUGUUACUAUGCAACACGUACAGGCCUUACUCUGCAACACCUUACUCUUUUUAUUCCUUCUCUCACUCUUUCCUUUACCCUGGAGAGAAAGAAGGGGGAGCGUCAAAGAGGCAAAAGAGUGGAAAUAACAGACUGCUGUCUCAGGACAAGUUUGAAUUUGUGUAUAUGGUAAAUACAUGCAAUGGAGCUUCCCUUUACAUUAUGCAAAUAGUGUGUUUAUUCCUAAUAUAACGGGGCUGAGAGAAAGACACACCGGGAAAGUUAUGAAACUCAGAUUGGCCGAUAUAAAAAGAAACAAAGGGCUUUUUAAACUUUUGUAGGGAGAGAGGGGAAGAGAUCUGAAGAUGAAAAGAUAAAGAGAUGGACGAUUUGAUUGGCAUAGAUCUCGUAGCGGGAUGGAGCAGAGGAAGAGAGAUAGCAGGAGAGAUAGGCAGACCUAGAGAAAAUGAUAUUGCCAGAGGAUGAAAAAAAUAAAAACAACAGAAAUGUCUUUUUUUUCUUUCAAAAACUCGCAAAAGGAGACGCCGAGGGGCGGGAAGCGCGCUCUGAGGAGAGAGAGAGUGUGUGUGUCUGUUUGUGCAUGUGUGUGUGAGAGUGUUUUUAUGAAUGAACUGAUGACUCAGAAUGUGUCAUACCCCCGUCUUUAUAAAGGAAGUUUUAAACAAGCCUAAACAUUUCACUUCGCGAAAAAUUAGACUCGCAUCCUUCUCUCUCUCUCUCUCUGUCUCUCCCUCUAUACACCUCUCUGACCCUCGCCGUGUGUAUAUUUCCAUCCUCAUUCGCGUUUGUUAAAACUAAACGGCUAUUGGGACUGGACAGAGUCGAGUUUUUGGUCCUUUUUUUCUUGUUCUCGCUAAUUCUGCACUUCUGCCAUUCAUUCAUUCAUUUCACCUCACGCUCUGCCUCUGUUAAACUACUGUCGCGAGCCGUUCGCGCGGAUACUGAGAGAGGGAGACCAACUCUGGAGCACGUGACAACAUCUGGACGUUCAUUUAUUUAUUAAUUUGUACACUUUUGUUUAUUUAAAUAUUUAUUCUUCUGCGUAUUUAUUUGCGACGUGUCUACCUUUUAAAACAAGGACUUGGACAAAUAUGAAAUUGCUGGGUGACUCCUCCUCAUCGCUGCUUCUCUCGCUGCUGCUGGCUCAACUACAUUUGUUAGCAUCUGCCUUCCCUGUCCAUCACCGGCGGAACCAGAUCGACUUCGACAAGCUGAGCAAUCAGACCAAACUCCUUCUGACGCUGACUCGGAAUCUAUUGAAAGACCGGGUGUUUAGUACAGAGAUUAAUCAUCACCGGUUCAAGUCUCUUCCAGCAAUCAGCAGCAGAGCCAGUGACUUCGCAACUCUAGAGGUCAAGCCUACUCUUUCUCAGCUCCAUGCAAACCUCAAGUCCUUCCAGCACCAUUUUGAGUGGCUGAACAACAUAACACACAAGCAGCAGCACAGCAUACCAAAGCUGACAGACAUGGUCUCCCACAUCGGGGGACUCGUAAACUCUUUACAGCGCCAGAUGAACCACAUAGGGGCUCCCCGACUCACAGUUCCCUCCCCCUCACUCCCACCCAUUCCCGCCUUUCACUGGGAGAUGGUUCAGACCUCUCAGGAGCUCCUGGAACAGUUCUCGCUCUUCUGUGACUGGGCCGCUCGAGUGUUGGGCAGGACGCGGUCUUUAUUAACCUCUAGAGAAGCACCGGUCGUAGGAAGCACCGGGACAUCUCCCAGUGGGCCGAUUCGAAUUGUGGGGAAAUAGCUUCCAUAUAUUGAAGAUGAGUUGUAUCGUCAGUCCGGCCCAUUCCAGUGAAAGGCGGCUAGUCGAACAUUUCAAUUUGUUCACUUCUACCCAUUCACAGCAAUCAGUCUCACCACUGUUGUUUGUGUCAAAGAUGUAAAUAUUCCAAAACAGCCUACCUUGCUUGAUGUGUUUGUGGGGGAUUAUCUGUGGUGGGUUGUGAUGGGCAUCCCAGGCUGAUUUAAAUUUUUAGUCAGAGUUUGAAGCCUGAUCAGUGAAGGAGUCUGAUCUGAAAACGACCAUGCACUCCAGUCGACAUCCUGCUUCUGACGCUCUUUUUAACUUUCUUUUUUUUUUUUACUAUUAAUUUUUUCAGAACUAUUUGUUAUUUAUGUAUUUAUUUAUUUAUUGACUAGUUAUUUAUUUGAUGAUAUUAUUUAUUUGAGUUCUCGAUACACGUCAACACUCUUUUCAUUAGCAAGAAGUAAAAUGUACUCUCUUUAUUAUUUUCCUUAAUCCAUUUGCUUCUUUUGUACCACGCACACACACAAAACACAUGUAUGACAGCUUCAUUUCGUGCCAUUUAUUCAACUGAUUGUAUUUGAUACCGUUUAUUUCCUCCUCACUGUUGCCUAGGUUGUCAUACUUUGCCACUAGAUGUAGCAAUAUUGUGGGAGUGUAAUGUAUGCCAGUGCUGAAUGAGCGAGGACUAGCACUGACCUUUUGCUUGUCUUUCUUUUAAGUUGUUGUCUGUAGUUUUUGCACAGCAUAUUAGGGUUUAUAUUGUUUUACUUAUUAGUUCUGUGAUUCAGGAACAUACUUUAAUAAACCUUAUUUCAAGCAACAACCUAAAAGACAACCUACGCCUUAAAAUACUAUGUAUUGUGAUACUUUGGUACUGUAAAGUUGUACAUAGAUGUUCCCGAAUGUAAACUGGUAUAUACAAUGCGUGUGUGUAUACAUAUAAUAUUGUUUUCUGUAAGACAAAGUCCAGCGCUUUAUCGAUGUGUUGCAAUAUAAACUUUUUUUUUCUUUCCCUCCCACUUUUUAGGAUUUUGAUACAGUAUUUACUAUUUAUUUAUAAUAUUAUUAUGGUUAUUAUUAAUAUAAUAAUUGUUAUUAUGUUCAAAUUAUUUAUUUUUCGCUAUUCAGAAGCAAGACUUCUGUCAUGGUUUGUACUUUUAUACUACUCAACAUCAAUCAUCAUCUCUGUUUUGGUAUGUGUCGACAUCAAUUUGAAAUUUGCCUUAUGUAUGUGCACUAAAUAUGCAAAAACUAGUUCAACUGUGUGCCUUGCGAGAGAAAUAAAGUAUUUUUAUUGCU